AUGCCGAACGAUAAGCGAUCGGGCGUGUACAUCUCAGAUGAGCACGUAGACGUGUUUGACGACAUCGGGGUCUUGUUCAAGGGACCCCUCACCAUCCCACCCACAGAGGCCAAAACGUAUGUUGAAGUCAAGGGCAACAAGUACACGAGUGGCAACCAGGUCUUCCGCAAGUACUUUCAGCUCUUUGCCAACGUUCGCCCCGCCAAGACCAUGCCGGGUGUACCCGCCCCUUUCAGCAACGUUGAUCUCGUCGUCAUUCGCGAGAACACCGAGGAUGUGUACACGGGCGAGGAGCGGUGGGUCGACGACAACACAGUCAUCUGCAACAAGCGCAUCACACGCCACGCCUCAGAGCGCAUUGCACGCUACGCCAUUGAGUUUGCGCAACGUAUGGGCCGUCGCCGCGUCACCGCCCUACACAAGGCCAACGUGUGCAAGCAGUCUGAUGGCCUUUUCCUCUCGUCCUUCAAGAAGAUUGCGAAUGAGUUGACAGCCACAUCAUCAACUACAUCAUCAACCAAAUCACCAACCACAUCAUCAAACACAUCAGCAACCACAUCACCAACCACUGCCAGCACGACAUCAGCAGCACAGCUGCGGUGCGACGACCACCUGGCCGACAGCUGCCUCACACGCCUCGUGCUUGCCCCGCGCGAGUUUGACGUGCUCUGCUGUCCGAAUCUGUACGGCGACCUCGUGUCCGACCUUGCUGGCGGCAUGAUUGGCUCCCUCGGUCUGUGCCCCUCAGGCAACAUUGGCGAGCGCCACGCCCUCUUUGAGCCCGCGCAUGGCAGCGCUCCCGAUAUUGCAGGCAAAGGCAUCGCCAACCCUGCGUCGCAGAUCCUCUCUGCUGUUCUGAUGCUGCAGCACCUUGGCGAGAUGGACGCUGCCACUCGCCUCCACGCCGCCCUCAGCGACACAUUCAGCGCCGGAACCCUCCCCGUUGACCUUGGUGGGAACGCCACAACACGUGACAUUGUUGACAGCGUUGUGAGCCGUUUGACGGCGUGAUACACACGUGGGCAAUAGCAGAGCAAUAGAGCCGCGUGAAUGCCACUGUUGCACCCAUCAUCACCAGAACAAUCUUUCUUACCCCCCCUCCCGCCCUGACGCCUGGUGUCACGGCAAAGGUG